AUGUGUUUUCAGGUACGGCUAAUUGCUGGCCCCUUGCCUAUACCAUUGCCAAGGAAUUAUAAUGGCUUAAUGCAAUUUGAAAAUGCUACACAUGGUCCUAUAGUUCUAGGAUGUGCUAUACCUAUGAUACCAGAACGACCUAUAACUACUGUUGCCACGCCAGAACUUUUGGAAUUAGUUACAACAGGUCCUGGUGCACCACGAGUUAAACGAGUACGAUUAGGUUUUCCGUCUGAAUCAAGACUACUUGGAUCUCCUAAAAUGCAACGGUUACUUUCAGCUUGCAGACGUGCCUUGGAUCAACGAGCAACUGAACCUCGUAUAGCGCCACUAAAACUAGUAAACAGUGAUAAUCAUCCGAAAGAAUUGCAUCUUAAAGAAAUAAAAUCUCAACUAGAAGCUAAACCACUUUUGCAAAGCUUGAAAGACAGUUUAGAACACAUGAAGAAAACAACAAUUUGUGAUCACUCUUACUCAAAAAGUAGUGGAAAUUCCAGUAAUCCAAGCUUUCUCGAACGGUUAUCAAAAAUUACUCAUAGUAAUAAAAGUAGGAAUCCAGCUAAGAAAUCAGCAUCUUUUACUUUUGCCGUUCGACCUGAAAUUGGUAUGAAAGUAUCAGAUCCAUACGGUAGUCUUGAAUCUGAUACAAAUGCAUUAACAUCAAAUUUUUAUAAUGAUAAUGCACAGAGACAGCUUGUAUAUAGGUCAAUAUCAACUAGUGCCCUUGAGAUCCAAAAAAAAACUGGUUCCAAUUUUCCUUACUCAAAAGUACGAGAUAGUCUAACUCAACUUCCAUCUGCUUCACCUCUCAAAGUAGAAGAUAUUUACACAGAAAUCUGUGAUCCAUCAGAUAUUGGCUCCAAGGAAAAUUUCUGUCGAUCAUCAAAAGUAAAUUCAUCAUUGAGUAAAGUAUGUAUCAAUAGAAAAAAUAGGGGGUACAUAAAAUUCGCUACUCAUUCAGAAGUAUCAAAUGUAUCAAGCACGACGAUAGAAGAAGAAAAUAUUUACAACACAGUCAGUUAA